UAACUUCACUAGAUCCUAUUUGUAUCACUGGUCUUGGAAUUAAAAUGUCUUUUGCAUACUGCUUCAAAAAAUUUAAAAACUGAGUGUAAUGUUUUUGCAGAACUAAUUCUUGAUCACCAUGCCACGCCAAAAAGACUUUGCAUGGACACAUUGCACAGCAAUUCCUGGUAGCACGAAGGUCAAGUGCAAUUGGUGUCAAGAUGAGAUCGGUGGUGGAAUUUAUCGUUUCAAAUGGCAUUUGUCAAAAGAACGAGGAAAUAACACCGAGAUAUGCAAAAAAUGCCCUGCAGAUGUCUCGUAUCAGGCAAAGCAAUCUCUUGAAGGGAUUGCUGAGAAUAAGGCCAAAAAGGCAAGAAUUGGGGUUGAACUAGGUUCUUCUUCUACAAAUCCUAGGAUGCAUGAUUUGGGUGAGGAUGGUGAAGAUGGGAGUUUCAGGGAAUCUGGGUCGACACAUAAUUCUAUAGCACGUGGACCAAACACAGGUGGAGGAAACACUAAUGCUUUCUUCCAACCUCGUACCACACCAGGAUCACAAACCACUUUGGAGAGUACAGGAUGGAGGAAAACUGUCACUGAACAAGCAAAGAAGGCAAUUGCUAAUUAUUGGUACUCCUCUCACACAGCAUUCCAUGCUUCCAGAAAUCCAUAUUGGCAACCCAUGGUAGAUGCUAUUGCAGCUGUAGGUCCUGGGUUUCAAGCCCCAUCUUGUGAAUCAUUGAGGGUUGGUAUGCUGAAAGAUGCAGUAGAGGAUGUUCAAGAUGUUGUUAAACAACAUCGAUUGCAGUGGGCUAGAACCGGUUGCAGCAUCAUGUCAGAUGGUUGGACAGAUAGAAGGAACCGAACUCUCAUUAACUUCCUUGUCUCUUGUGAGAUUGGCACUGUUUUUUUGAAAUCUGUGGAUGCAUCUAAUAUGAUGAAAUCCACAAAUGCAUUGUUUGAGAUGUAUGACGUGGUAGUUACGGAUGUAGGGCCACAAAAUGUGGUUCAAUUUAUCACAGACAAUGCUGCUGCUUGUGUUGCUGCAGGGAGACUUCUGACAGAUAAAUAUCCUUCCAUGUUUUUUACACCAUGUGCAGCACAUUGCCUUGAUCUAACCCUAGAGGACAUUGGCAAAAUUGAAUGGGUUAAGGUUGCAUUUCAGAAAACUCACAAGGUUACCAAAUUUGUUUAUAAUCACACAAGGGUUUUGGCUAUAAUGCGCUCUUUCACAGGAGGCAAGGAGCUAGUUCGACCAGGAGUGACAAGAUUUGCAACAUAUUUCCUUGCAUUACAAACAUUAUGUGAACAAAAAGGUAAUUUGAGGCGAAUGUUUGUUUCAGCUGAGUGGAUGGAGUCUGGUUUCACAAGUCAAGCAAAUGGCAUAGCAGUGGCAGAGUAUAUGUAUUCUACCACAUUUUGGGAAUCUAUUGAACAAAUUGUAGAAUUUUCAGAGCCUUUAGUAAAAGUCUUGAGACUAGUGGAUGGAGAUAAACCCCCCAUGGGAUAUGUGUAUGAGGCUAUGGAUAGGGCCAAGGAGGUGAUAAGGAGUAAGAUGGAAAAUAACAGAGAUAAGUAUAUGCCGUUGUGGGACAUAAUUGAUAGGAGAUGGGAUGGACAAAUGCACACUCCUCUCCAUGCUGCAGGAUAUUUUCUCAAUCCUCUGUUAUUCUAUAAGACUGACUUCCUGGAAAUUGAUGCUGAGAUCAAACAAGGCUUCUUCAAGUGCAUGGAAAAAAUGUUUCCUGACUUGGAAAAAUUUGAUGCGGCUACGAUAGAGCUGGAAAUGUACAAGCAUGCUAAGGGCUUUCUCUCUUCUAGGGCUGCUAUACAAAGCAGAAAGACAAUUCAACCAGCUGCAUGGUGGGCUUCUUUUGGAGAUGAAAUACCAAAUUUAAGGUGGAUGGCGGUGCGUAUUUUGAGCCAACCAUGUAGCUCAUCAGCUUGUGAGCGUAAUUGGAGUGUGUUUGAACACAUACAUUCUAAGAAACGCAACCGCCUAUCACAACAACGACUAAAUGACUUGGUAUUUGUUCAUCACAACCUCCGCUUGAAGAUAAGGAAAGCUCAAGGAACUAUUGAGGAAUGCUUGCCAAUUGACCUCGAUGAGAUAUAUCCAGAGUGCGAGUUGAUUGCUGCUGAUGAUGAUGAUGAUGAUGAUGAUGAUGUUGAUGAUGAUUAUGUUGUUGCUGAUCGUCCGCUUGUGUCUGAAGAUUUUGAUAUCAUGAGGCAAGCCAACUUUCGUCCUGAAUGGGUUGAAGGAAUUAGGACAGGCUCUUACCCAGGAGCUUCAUCAUCAGGGCCUCCUGCUCUCUAGCAUGUCAUUGCCUACAUUUGAGAUUUUGGAAUUUUGUACUUAGUUUACAGGUUGACUUUAUUCAAAGUCACAAACUAUAUUGUAAUUGACAUUUUGACAUCUAUCACCAUCUAGAUAUUAUUUAUGGUGUAGUAUAUUUUGUGGAACGUAAUCAGUGAUAUGAAUAUAAACAACAAAAAUCUAUUUCCUGCAAUUCAUGUUUUCAAGUGUCUAUUUUAUUUGCCUACAAUAUCUCUAUGCUAUGGAAAUACCCUAAAAUAUAUAAAAAAAGUAGUUUUUGAUUGUUUUUCUGCAAUUUUUUACGUUUUUUUGUAUA